UUGACGGGAGCACUAGGACGAAAGUAUUCACCUUUUGCCGUAAAGAAAGCAACACGAGAAGCACGCGAAUUGGCCCGACGCCAGCUCCUCCUCACUCCGCCUUCUAUAAAAUGGCCACCGGCAAGCUGAUUCUUCAAGGUCCCACAGCCACAUGGCAGACGCCAGAAGCAACCGCAGCCACCACAUCGUCUUCGUUCACGGCGUCUCCCACGGCGCCUGGUGCUGGUACAAGCUCAUCUCCCUUCUCCGCUCCGCCGGGCACCGAGUCACCGCGCUUGAUCUCGCCGCUUCCGGCAUCGACGAGCGCCGCUUCUCCGACCUCAGGAACUUCGCCGACUACAACCAGCCCCUGAUCGACCUCCUGGCCGCGCUACCCCAGGGCGAUCGCGUCGUCCUCGUCGGCCACAGCCUUGGGGGUCUCAACAUCGCCUUCGCCAUGGACAGGUUCCCACACAAGGUCGCCGUCGGCGUCUUCGUCACUGCCUUCUUGCCCGACACCGUUCAUCCUCCCUCGUUCGUCUAUAACAAGGUCCAUCUGGAAGAUCCGACCUUGCCGCUUUGGUUGGAUACCCAAUUCGGCACGGUCGGGGACAAGGAGAACGGCCCUCUGUCGAUGGUGUUCGGCCCCAAGUUCGUGUCCCUCCUUUACAAUCGCUCACCGCCGGAGGAUUUUGCCUUGGCCAUGACGCUUUUGAGGCCGUCUUCCCUGUUCGCGAAGGAACUGGAGUCGUCGUCGCCGCUCUCGGCGUCGGGGUAUGGCUCGGUGGCUAAGGUGUUCGUCGUGUGCGAGAAGGACGAGGUGCUGCAGGCGAGCUUCCAACGGUGGAUGAUCGAGAACAACCCGGUGAACGAGGUGAGGGUGAUCGAGGAGGCCGACCACAUGGCGAUGAUGUCGACGCCGGAGAAGCUGAGCCAGUUCAUCUCGGAGAUCGCCGACAAGUACGCUAGCUUCAUAAAUGAAUAAUACCAUAAAAGCAGGUGUUGCAAUCUAAAAUAAUAAAUAAAAUCACCUUUUUCUGUUUUUGUUUUA